AUGGAAUCCGGCGCAACGGCGGACUCUCCGUCAUUCGCCUGGCGGGCGAUGUCAAACACGACGAUGUGGGGAGUAGCCGGACUGUGUCGCGCAUUCUUGUCGGCACUUUCAACCGCUGAAGUACACGGGGGCGAAGCUUUCACGGCAUUGUUGGACUCUCGGAAAGAUCCAUCGCAAAGAACGAAGGGAUUGAUUACAGUUUCGAAUCAUAUCAGCGUUAUGGACGACCCGUUAAUAUGGGGCUUGCUUCCCAUGCGUUUCUGGAAUCAGCGGUGGUCCUUCGGAAGUCAUGAUAUUUGCUUCCAAGGCAGACCUCUCUCUUUCUUCUUCACCAUGGGACAGGUCCUUCCGACACAUCGCCUCGCACAUUCGCCAUUUGGUGGUUUGGGUCAGCCUGCGGUCACUCAGGCCAUCCGAUUGCUCUCCAAGGGACCCUUCCCCGUUGACCACCACCGCGCUGCACCAGAACUCCAACAUUUCAGCCGUCGAAACGUCUGCAUUGACCCCUUCUCGGAUCUCCCUGUUGCAUACUCAACCAACGGCGAGGAUGCGCACAUGGCGCCCUCCGCAUUUGCUUGCAACUCUCACUCUUGGGUUCACAUUUUCCCGGAGGGGAAGAUUCACCAGGCGCCCCGAAAGACUAUGCGUUACUUCAAGUGGGGUGUUGCCCGACUGAUUCUUGAAUCCAACGAGUGCCCAGAUGUCGUCCCAAUGUGGAUUGAGGGCAUUGAUCAGGUCAUGCACGAGAGUCGCGAGUUCCCGCGAUUCCUCCCUCGUCCUGGAAAGAAGAUCGAUGUUACCUUCGGCGCCAAAGUUGACCCCGAGGCGGAAUUUGGGAACUUGAGGUCCCGCUGGCAGAAGCUCCGCGCCAAGGUUGAAAAGGCAGAUCCCAAGUCUCGAGACUUGCCUGUCGGCGUCUUGAGUGAGGAGCUCAUCAACAACAAAGAGGCAGUUGAACUCCGCAAAGAGGUCACUCGGAGGAUCAGGAAUCUUGUGUUAGAUGUGCGACGCUCGCGCGGUCUUCCAGAUGAAGAUCCUAAGGAGGGCCUCGUCGAGACCUGGCUUGAAGAGGGCUCUCAGCGGGAAGGCCACAUGAAGGACGAUUCCUGGGUUCGGGAUAUUUAA